CGCAUUUCCAUCACUCUCCAAAAAUGAAGUCUAGCUACUAUGAAUCUUCUCAUGGAUUGACGAUUCCAUCCUUUAACAAUUUGAUCCACACAUUUCUUUGUCAAUCUUCCGUUGAAUUGAUUGUUCCAUCCAUUAACAUUUUGAUCCACACAUUUCCUUGUCAAUCAUAUUUGUCUGUGUAGUAGUCAAGCCUUUGCACAUGCUGUGAGUGUGCAUAUGUUGAUCGAAAAGUAAGCAACCUCUCUGUGAAUUAGUGGCGUGUGUAUAUAUAUUAAACAAUCUCCAGCCAGUUUCUCUUGUAACUCUCCUCAGUGAACAAUUCCACACACUUUGCAUAUCUAUUAUUCAAACAAUGGAGAGAGUUACUUGGUUCUUCUUGGUAUACUUGAUCUGUUGUGAGGCGGCUAGCUGCUUGACUAUGGCAGCACAAACCAACCUUAACAUCACCACAGACCGGUCUGCUCUUCUUGCUCUAAAAGACCAUAUCACCAGUGACCCUCAAAAUAUGAUCCUCACCAAUUGGUCAACCACCACCCCUAUUUGCAACUGGGUUGGCGUCAUUUGUGGUGCACGCCAUCAUCGAGUCGCAGCGUUGAACCUCUCUUACUUUGGUCUCGCGGGCACCAUUCCUCCUGAGCUAGGCAACUUAUCAUUGCUUGUUGAUAUGGACAUCCAAAAUAACAGUUUCCAGGGUACCUUGCCUGACGAGUUGACUCGCCUGCGCCGGUUGAAGUUCAUUAACUUGGGAUACAACAAGUUUAUGGGAGUGAUACCGUCAUGGUUUGGGUCCUUGUCCAAACUUCAAGGAUUCAUGUUGUUUGGUAAUCAAUUUGCAAGUUCUAUACCAACUGCCAUCUUCAACUUAUCUGCUCUUCAAAUAUUUAAUCUGAGUCAUAACCAACUCUCAGGUAGAAUCCCCAGAGAAAUCAGGAACCUAACAACGUUGAAGGCAAUCAACCUUGAUUAUAAUAAUUUUAUAGAAAUUCCAAAUGAGAUCGGCACCUUGAAUCAGCUUGAAGAGUUGUUUGUGCAAAAUAAUGCCUUAAAAGGGCAUAUUCCUAUGGUCGUCUUCAACAUGUCAUCUUUGACUAGAGUAAAUUUCUAUGGAAACAAGUUGAAUGGUAGAAUUCCCGACAAUAUAUGUCAACAUCUUCCAAAUAUCCAAGAGUUGAAUUUGGGUAGCAAUCAGUUUGAUGGUCCACUUCCAUCCAAGUUAUGGCAAUGCAAACAACUUCUUAAAUUACAUUUGGGGGAUAACAAGUUCAGUGGAAGAAUACCCAAAGAUAUUGGGAACUUAACUCGGAUAAAGAAGAUUGGGUUUUACACCAACAGCUUAACAGGUACUAUACCAUAUGAGUUUGGUAAUCUUCCAAAUUUAGAGUGGUUGGUGCUCCAGGAGAAUAAACUAAAUGGCCAUAUCCCAUCGUCAAUCUUCAAUAUGUCCACAAUAACAUUAUUAAAUCUCAACAUCAAUCAGCUUUCAGGAAGCCUCCCAACAAACAUAGGCCUUGCGCUUCCAAACCUAGAAUCGCUUGCAGUAGCAGCGAAUCACCUCAGUGGAGUAAUCCCCAAAUUCAUCUCCAAUGCUUCUGAGCUUUGGCUUCUAGAACUGGGAGGUAACUCUUUUUCUGGAUUUAUUCCAAGCACUCUGUGCCUCUUGACAAACCUUGAAUGGCUAGGAUUGUCCGAGAAUAAUUUGACCAUUGAUACCUCUACUCCAGAAGUUAAUAUUUUGUCUUGUCUGCCAAAUCUUAGAAAUUUGAGGUGGUUAAACUUCGAAAACAAUCCAUUAAAUGCGAAGCUUUUGAUUCCCUUCAGUAAUAUCUCUGCAUCACUUCAAAAACUUUAUUUAGAAAAUUGCAGCUUGAGAGGUAACAUCCCCAGUGAUAUUGGGAAUUUGAGUAGCUUGAUACUUUUAGGCCUCCAAGACAAUCAAUUGAGCGGGCCAAUUCCAAGCUCAAUGGGAAGACUACAUAAUCUUCAAGCUUUGGGUAUGUAUGAUAACACAUUGCAAGGAUACAUUCCAGAUGAGCUUUGUCAACUAGAAAACUUAUUUGUUUUGUACUUGGGUGGGAAUCAACUCUCUGGUUCUGUACCUUCCUGCUUGGGUAAUCUAACAGCAUCUCUAAGAGGACUAUCCUUAGGGUCCAAUUUGUUGAAUUCCACAAUCCCAUCUUCCUUGUGGGGACUUACAGAUAUCUUGGGACUAGACUUGUCAUCCAAUUCUCUAAUUGGACCUCUAUCAGGUGCUGUUGGUAAUUUGAAAGCUGCUAUAUACAUAAAUGUAUCAUACAACCAAUUAUCUGGGAGUGUACCAAGUAGCAUUGGGAGUUUAGUGAGUUUGGUCAAUCUCUCCUUAGCACAUAACAAUCUAGAAGGCCCUAUUCCUAGUUCCUUUGCAACUUGUGUAAGCUUAGAAGGAUUGGAUUUAUCUCGAAAUAGUUUCACUGGAGUGAUUCCAAAGUCUCUAGAAGCACUCUUAUAUCUCAAGCAUCUGAAUUUGUCUUUCAACAGACUCCAAGGAGAAAUUCCAAGCGGCGGUCCUUUCAAAAACUUCUCUGCUGAAUCAUUUGUUUCAAACUAUGGACUCUGUGGUGGAUCCCAAUUUCAAGUUCCACCAUGCAAAAGAAAAACUAGUAUAUCUAUCUUGAAAUCUAUUAUUCCGGGGAUCUUGUCAGCAACGCUUCUAGCGGCCUCCAUAAUUUGGAUGUUGAUGUUACGCAGAAAAAAGAAUGCAACAGCUGCAGCACAUAUUAUCUUGAUGCCUCAAGUUUUAUGCAGAAGGGUUUCAUACCAAGAGCUCCUGUGUGCGACAGAUGGAUUCAAUGAAAGCAACUUACUUGGUAUUGGGGGUUUUGGCUCAGUAUAUAAAGGAACAUUUCCAGAUGAGACAGAUGUUGCAAUAAAGGUUUUCAAUUUGGAUUUAGAAGGGGCAUUUGCAAGUUUUGAGGUUGAAUGUGAAAUGCUAAGUAAUGUUCGUCACAGAAAUCUUGUCAAAGUCAUCAGUUGUUGUAGUCAAAUUGAUUUCAAAGGUCUUGUAUUGAAUUACAUGCCUAAUGGGAGCCUUGAGAAGUGGUUGUAUUCUCAGAAUUCUUCUUUGGACUUAGUGCAGAGGUUGGAUAUAAUGAUAGAUGUUGCAUUGGCAUUGGAGUACCUUCACCAUGAUUAUGAAGUACCUAUUGUCCAUUGCGAUUUGAAGCCGAGCAACAUCUUACUAGAUGAUGAUAUGGUUGCACAUGUUGCUGAUUUUGGUAUUGCAAAACUCUUGGGUGGAGGAGAUUCUAUGACUCAAACCAUGACCCUGGCCACAAUUGGGUAUAUUGCACCAGAGUAUGGAACGGAAGGAAUAGUGACCAGAAGAGGGGAUGUGUAUAGUUUCGGUAUUGUGGUGAUGGAAACAUUUACAAGAAGGAAACCAACUGAUGAGAUCUUCACUGGGGAAAUGAGAAUAAGUCAAUGGGUUGCAAAUCACCUUGUUGCAAAUGCGAUAGUUGAUGUUGUGGAUGCUACUUUACUUGGAACCGAGGAGGAUCAUGAGUUCGUGAGCAAGAGGGAGUGCUUAUCAUCUAUUAUGAGAUUAGCUGUUGCUUGUUCAACAGAAUCACUGGAAGAGAGGAUAAGCAUGCAAGAGGCUGUAGCCAUGCUUAAAACAAUCAAGAUCAAGUUUUCAAAGCAAAGUACUGCUGCAGGAGGUGUGGUGUUGAACUAUCGUCCUGUUUGGUAACCCUUUAAUGUGUCGAUAUA